UGUUCCAAUAUGGCGGACGAAAUGUAAGGCGAACUACUAGCGUACUUUAACAGCGCCUUUUUUCUUCAACGGUGGAAUAUGGAGAACAAACAGACAUCAUUGUCUCCUACACGUCAGUUGCAAGAUGAGGUGUUUUUCACUCAAGAAAACUACAAGAAAUACUCUUGUCGCCCAUCGUUCGUGGAGUAUCUAGAGAAGCAUCUAAAAUCAGGAAAAGAACAAGGAAGAAAGAUCCAAAAUAAUCACGAUGACACGAAAGCAGAUGUCUCGAUCUCAAGGGUUCAGGAAGAUUCUGCAACCACUGAGAAAGGAACCAGAAGCAAAGGUGCUCAGAAAGGUGGAGCUAACAGUGCCCCGGCUUUUUUGGGUCCAUCAGUGGAAUUCCCUGUUUUGUCAAAAGUCAGCAUUGAAAGUCAGAAGAUGUUUGUGGAGAUGUUGGAGAUGUUAAGAUCUGGUCAGCUGGCUAAAGUUGAUUUGCAAGAAAUGAAAGCAGUUCAGGAUAUUAAGAAUACAGUGUUGCUAGAACAAGAUGAAUAUCAACAGUUUGUGCAUAGCCAUGCAAAAGCCAACCAUCACUUGUACAACUUUAUCCACCCUGAUGUGUGGGAUGACUUCAAGGUAGAUAUUGAUGGAAGAUUGACAGAAAGGGUCAACAAGUGCCAGCGUUACUAUUCCUUGCAUGAAACCAUUGGUUUAUCUGUUGGAGCUGUUUUCAAAUCAGAUGCAGUUCUCACUUUUGAGCAAACACUACUGCAAGUGGGGAAUAUUCCAAAGCUUUCCUUGCCUGAAGACACAAACAUUAUGCUAUUGGAGGUGGGGCUAACUGUUCCAGAAGAGAAGUCAGUGCAAGAAAAGACCAAGUCUUUCAAGGUUGUGAGUGAGGACCCAAUUGCUGUCAGUCUGGCCAAGAAGCACAAAGUUGACAUUGUGAUCUCAUCAAGUGGACUGGACACUCUCUUGAAUAAUCAGCCUCCUGAUUAUGGCAGGCAGUGGCAGCUGCCUGUCUCUGUUCAACGAGUAGAAGACGGCCAGGAAAAAAUUUGUACUCACAGAGUGGUGUUUGUCGACAAGCCUUUUCCUCCACAGAAGGUCACACCUCGUGAUGUUAACGUGAAGUUUUACAAGCGUGCCUUGCGCAGGUUAGUGUGUCAUAAAAACAGCGAAGAAAAUAAAACAGGUGAUUGCGACAGAGAAAGAACUAUAAGCUCCAGUGUAAGUGGCACUGAAAUGACGGAGGUGGAAAGAGCGGCGGAAAAUGUUGGAAGUAAAGAGUGUCCUUCCAGCGUGGCAACAACUUCCGAAAGACGAAAGCGUCGAGUUACUGAUGAAGAGAAGCAGUGCUCUGAGACGAAGAAAUCAAAACUGUCUGAUGGUGCCUCAAAAUCCAAAGUUCAGAAUCUCGACGUAAAUGAAACGUGCAAGAACAACGAUGAAAAAUUCUUCGUUUAUAAUCUGUGGAGAUUCGGAAAGUUAAAAGUCUUGAUACGUUGCAGUGUGGAUGCCUACAGAGAAGAACAAAAUAAACCAAAGUGUUACACUUUUUACAGUGUACUUCCAAAACUCGAAUACCAACCUAACUUCGGUCACGAAAAAUUGUCGCACAGUGAGGCUGGGCGGUUUUGGCUAAAUAGCUACAUCCGCCAGAAUACCAGAAUCAUUUGCGGCAGAAUUAAUGUUUACAAUUCAAAACUGCUGCGAGUUGACGAACUUUCCAUCAACGAUAUUCUUCAACAAGGGACGGGUUUUAAUCCGGCGCAGGGAAUGAAAACGGUGUUUCAGGUUUUCCAAGCGUUGAAGAGAUUGCCUGAGGCCAACUACAUUUUGUCUCACAAAGCAGGAGAGAUCCACGGUUGUCUGUACAAAAGCGUUCAUUCGCAAUCAAGGUCUGUAAAAUUUUCGUAUGAUCUUCACAAAACGCGGGCGCCUGUUAGUAUAACGAAUUACACCGAGGGAGAUAUUACCUACGUUGCUAUAGAUUGUAACUUGUUCAUGCCGUGGCAGAUCAGUCAAAAGAGAAUCCCGUGCACUUUUCCUCCUGUCUCGGACAGAGAAUUAGCCAUGAUGGCAAAAGCCGAGGCGCAACAGAUUGCAGCAAAUACUUCAAAGAAAAGCAAAAAGAAAAGCAAAAAGGGAAAGAAGAGCAAAAAAGGAAAAAAACAGGGGCCUGCAACGAAAAAAUCUAACUCGGGAGCUGCGGCUGAACAGUCAUGGAAAGCUGACAAAAAACGCAAACCAGUUACCAAAAGGAAAGCGAAGAUCUUUGCAAGUUUUUACGACACCCAGCCGGCAGAGAAAGAGAGUGAAAUCUUUGCAGUGUCCAGGCGAGCUUCAGGCGCAAUCUCCUAUGAUGAUCUAGAUUUCUAAAGAGAUUUCUAAAGAAAACAAAACAAAAGUUAAGAGAAAAGAUGAAGGAAGAACAAUAAAAGAAGAAAAAAAUGGAGUAAACGAAAAAUCCAUAGCAAAAGUCUUUGGACGCUUCAUUUUUUCCUGCUUAUAUGCAUAAUUAUUCGCUUCCCCCUUACACCCACCCUUGUUACAAUGUUUUGUUUUCUUUGUCUAGCUUUACGUUUGGAAUGUAAUGACAAGAAAAAGCAAUGGACUUCGUAAAGGAGCGUUGUUUUUCUGAACGUCCUGAGAACGAUCGCCAGUGACUGGGGAUUGCAUUUAAUACGAAGUCCGUUUCGCGGGAGACGAAGAUCGCGAAACACAGAGGAGGUUUCGUUUCCGAAACUACUUUAGAACAUUUGUAAUCAGUUAAACUUUCUUGAAAUUGCCAGUAAGAGCUCUUACUCGUUAUGGUUUUUAAUUUCGUGGGCUUAAAAGAUAUUUUCUCAUGUCGACUUGCUGUUUUCUGGUGAAGCUGAUUUUAAGUGGAGCGAACAAAAAGUGAUUUGAAUAGUAUGCUUUGUAUGUGUACCAAAAUUGUUACGGGACAGGGGAAGGGGAGGAAAGCGAAGUUUUGGUUAUAGGCAGAACUAAUUUCGCAAGUGUAACCCUAGGCAAAUAUCCCAAUCUGUUUAGCUUGCUUGGUUUUGGGCCUAUCGAAUUUUGCAGGUUAUCCUUGUUCUGCAAAAAUAACUAACCGCAGAAAAAAUUACUUGUGAAUCUAGCUUAAAUUUUUACAGUGCAGAUAUGGGCUCACUCGUAUUAUCAAUCUAUGAAUCACCUCCCGCUUGGCUGUCCUCACUAUGAAUUUUGAAAUUAGAUAACUUUUUUCCACCUCAAUGUUCUGUCGUCCAGGUGCAAAUUUUAUUCAUCUCUUGCUGAAACACUAUGUUAUCGCAAAACACAUAUAACUUCCAAUGCGCAAAUUAAAACUCCGACAAAAUUUUCUUUCCAGUUGUUAGUUCUGAACAAAUUAACAGAUAAGCGUUGGCCAAUGUGAGAUUCCGAGAAAAAAUUUUGUAUUUUUGUCAGAGCUAAUUAUAUCAGGUUGACGAAACAUCGUGAAAAUUAUUACACCGAAUU